AUGUACCUGCCGCCCGGGACGAGGAAACGAGCGCUCGGCCGGCUGCGCAUUGUGUGGUGCUGCGUGGUGACCGCCGAGAGCUGGCACGCCAUUUUCGUGGGUUUGCCGAUUCUAUUCUUCACGACCCUGUUCGUUACGGUCGUCGUGCCGCGCGGGGAGUGGUUCACCUACGUCUUCACGGCCCUCUUCACCACCAUAUCAGUCACGUGCCUGACACUGUCGGUCACCCUCGACCCCGGCGUCAUCCCGCCAGCCCCGCAGUCGCAGCAGCCAACGCAGUCGACAACCGUCCUGGUGGGCGGGCAGUCUGUGCCGUGCAAGGUGUGCCCAACGUGCCACAUCAUUCGGCCACCACGCAGUACACACUGCCGCUUCUGCGACGUCUGCGUGGAGGAGUUUGACCACCACUGCGGUAUCAUCGGCAGCUGCGUGGGGAAGCGGACGUUCCGCUUUUUCGGCGGCUUCUUCAUGAUGACGAGUUUCCUCGUGCUCUAUAUUUUUAUCCGUUCCUUUAUCAUCCUCGUGUCGACGGACUUCAAGCCAGCGAACGAGCGGCCGCACUUGAUCUGGCUGGCUGUCUCGUGCACCCUCUGCAUUGUUGCCGCGAUCAUAGGUGCGAUUCUGGUGAUGCCGUGUGCCGCUCGCUACAUUAUGCUGAGUGCCUCCAAUUCCAUCGUGAAGGAGACGAUGCGCACCCAGCGGCAGCAGACGCAGUCGGGGGAGCAGCCACCUGGUGUCAUUCCUGCCGCGGAGAGGAAGAGCGGCAACUACUGUGUCAACCUUCUUCGCCGCCUGUUUAGCCCCAUUGGACGCAGUCGCAUACCUUUCGACUACUAUGUCUAG